AUGACGAAGGCUCCAACUGAGUCAACUUGGUGCCUGGACGAGCUAGAAAAGAUAAAAGAACUCACUGUAGAAGGCAAACUCGUGACCAUUCCUAUCUUCUACAACGUGGAACCCUGCACCGUUAGAUAUCACAACAAGGGAAAAUUUGGUGAUGCGCUCACAAAUAAGAACAGAAGAUUUAAUGAAGACCAGAUGAACAAAUGGAAAGAGGCUUUGGCGUAUGUUAGUAACCUGUUGGGCUUCGCGUUCAAAGGAGAGAGGAAAGCGAGCACGUUCAUCAAUGAAAUCGUCGAAGAGGUUUUGAAAGCGCUGAGAAAAAAUUGGUCAGACGAAAGCACAGGUGGAUCCGUGGAUCUUUUACGAAACACAAAAGGAGAAGAAGCAGAGGCUGGUCGUCAGAUUUGUGGGCUCAAACAACGCUUGGAAGAACUGAAAGAAAAAGUAAACAUUACAGAUGGCGAGACUCGUAUUGUCCAAGUUAUUGGGAUGCUCGGCGUAGGUAAAACCACUCUCUUGAAGGAGUUUUACGAGAGGUGGAACAGCAGGUUCAACAGUCACUGUUUACUCCAAGGUAUAAGCGAUAUUGUAAAGCAAUGGGGCUUGGAAAGCUUGCCACGGAUGCUCCUCAAAGAGUUGCUUGAAGAUGACGACAUAGAAGACGGUGCGACUUACGAACAAUACAAGGAAAAGCUACGUAAAGACAAAGUUUUCAUUGUUCUCGAUGGGACAAGUGACAAGAGACAUAUACAAGUCCUUCUUGAAGGUUAUCGUGAAUGGACCAAGAAAGGUAGCAAGAUUCUGAUUGCAACACGCACAGUGAUUCGUGAUGAUAUGGUUCAUGGGGACCCUAUGGUCCAUGAUACUUAUUUGGUACCGCUUCUGAGCCAUCGAGAUGGGUUAGAGCACUUUCGUCGCUAUGCAUUCAAUCAGUCUGCGAACAAACACGACGUGGAAGCUUUCAUGAAGGAGUCUAAAGAGAUUGUGCGUUACGCGAGAGGCCACCCACUAAUUCUACAGAUAUUGGGUAAAGAGCUUAGUAUACUUGAGCCUCAUCUCUGGAAAGAGAAAUUGGAUUCUUUUAAGCAAAGUCUCAGCGAAAAUAUUCGAGAGCGUGUACUGCAAGUAACUUAUGAUGAACUGAGCCAAGAGCAAAAGGAUGCAUUUCUUGACAUAGCUUGUUUCAGAUCCCAUGACUUGGUUUACGUAAAGAGCUUACUGGAUUCAUCUGGUCCCGAAUUUCCUAAGGCGACAAUUACAAUAGAGGCUCUCAAGGACAAGUUCAUGAUUUAUAUUUCUGACAGUCGAGUGGAGAUGCAUGAUAUUUUGUACACGUUUGCCAUGGAACUUGGUGCUAAGGAUGAAAGAGGGAGAAAGCGGAUAUGGCAUGGAGACAUGCUCAAAACGCUGCGGAAAAGAAGAGGAGGCGGCGCCGAAGUCAGAAGUCUUUUCCUCGAUUUGUAUAACAUGAAGAAGGAUGUGACCUUAGGUACGGAUCACCUCACGGAGAUGCGUGAUCUCCGGUACCUCAAGUUCUACAGCUCUCAUUGUCCACGGGAAUGUGAGCCUAAGGAAAACGUACACAUCCCUGAAAAACAACUUGAGCUUCCACUGGAAGAGGUCCGAUGUUUUCAUUGGCUAAAGUACCCAAUAGAUGAACUUCCACAAGGAUUCAUCCCCAAGAAUCUCGUAGACCUUAAGCUCCACUACAGCAAGAUUACAAAGAUUUGGAAAGAUGAGCAGGUUGCACCAAAACUGAGGUGGGUCGAUCUCAGUCACUCAAGUAAGUUGGAAAACUUGUCAGGUCUUUCACAGUCUCAAUAUGUUGAAAGAUUGAACCUUGAAGGCUGCACAGCACUGAAAACAUUGCCUCCGGGUGUGCAAAUUAUGGCAAGUCUUGUUUUCCUGAAUUUGAAAGGAUGCACGGCUCUUGAGUCUCUUCCCAAGAUCAAUUUAGAAUCUCUGAAGACUCUCAUCCUCAGCAACUGCACAAACCUGCUGAAUGAUUUCUGGGUGAUUUCCGAAUCUUUAGAAGCUCUGUACUUGGAUGGCACCACAAUUACUCAACUUCCUACAGACAUAGUAAAGUUAACAAGACUCGUCAAAUUAUAUAUGAAAGACUGCAAGAUGCUGGAAAAGCUGUUAAAAGGUUUUGACAAGCUGCAAAAUCUGCAAGAACUAGUAUGCUCUGGUUGUUCAAAGCUGAAUAGUCUCCCGGAUGAGAUGGAGGAUAUGAAAUGCUUGCAGAUUUUACUGCUUGAUGGAACAGAAAUAACAAAGAUUCCUCAGAUAUCCUCACUUGAGCGUUUAUGCUUAAGCGGAAACGAGAAAAUCCGCCUUUUGGGUGACAUGACACAACUUUUUCAACUGAAAUGGCUGGACUUGAAAUACUGUAAGAAUCUUCUAUCUAUUGCACAGCUUCCACCAAAUCUCCAGUGCUUAGAUGCACACGGGUGCGAGUCGCUAAAAACAGUUGCAAGUCCACUGGCUACUCAUUUGCCAAUGGAGCAGAUUCACUCCACAUUUAUUUUCACCAACUGUGACAAAUUGUACCGAAUUGCGAAAGAGGAAAUCACAAACUAUGCUCAAAGGAAAUGCCAAUUGCUAUCGGAUGCACUAAAACGCUGCAAUGAGGGUUUUGUUCCAGAGGCUUUAUUCAGCACUUGCGUUCCUGGGUGUGAAGUACCGUCAUGGUUUUGUCAUGAAUCAGUUGGAUCUUCGUUAGAGCUCAAACUGCCCCCACACUGGAACGAAAAUAGGUUUGUUGGCAUUGCUUUAUGUGCGGUUGUCUCCAUUCCAAACAGCAAAGAAAAAAUCAAAUCUUUUUCCGUUACAUGCAAAUUGAUCCUAAGCAUAAAUGGGUUGCGGAUCUCCUUCGAUCGCCUGGUUGGAAGUUGGAACAAACAUGGGAGCAAACUAGAAGAGAUGAACUCGGACCAUGUCUUUAUCUGCUAUACCAGAUGCUCAAACAACAUAAAAUGUCUUGAAGACCAGCACUCAGGUGCAUGUACUCCAACUGCAGCUUCCCUUGAAUUUGGUGUGACAGAUGAAAAUGCCGGACUCGAGGUGCUCAAGUGCGGCUUAAGAUUGGUGUAUGCAUCUGAUGAACCCCAGAAGACAAACUCGGAUGUAGCUACAAAGAAGGACAACAAUGUCGCAGAGUCUUACGAAACCUCACUAAGAGGUGAAGAAAUCGAGCUUAAAGGGUCACCUCCAAUAAGGAAUGAAAGUUUAGGCGAUUCCACACUCCUAAACAUGAAGCCAACUGGGAGAUGACAUAAUCAAUGUGUAUCUUCCGACAUAACUGGGCGUGUUUCCACUUUUUUUAUGUUCCAAAUAUCUGCUUCAGCCCAAAAGCAAUUUUCCUCAAGCCGAAAGGCUCUCUCUUUGUUGAACCCUUUGUAUCCGUCUCCAAUCUCCAUCUUGUAUUCUCUAUCUAUCUUCAAGUUCAAUCAUGAUUUAGAUUGCAACAA